GACGCUCCGCUUCGGCUCGGGCCCGGCUGCCGCCGAGGGGCGGUCGGAGGCGGCGGGGGAGCGGCGCGGAGACCCGCCUUUUCUUUCGGACGCGGGUCGCAGCCCUGCCCGGCGCCUGCCCGCUGCCGGGGGCGAGGAGCGCGAUGCCGCGCCCGCCCUGCCCUGCCUGCCGGCGGCCCCGCGCCUCCACGCCGCCGGCAGCGGCGUAGCGCGCCCGCCCGCCUCGGGCGCACCGGCUGGGCAGCGCGGGCGGGGCGGCAUGGGGGCUCCCGCCCCCCGCGGCGCUCGGCGCGGAGCGGAUUACAAAUGAGCGGCGCGGCCCGGCGCCCCGGGCCCCGCGGGUACCCCGGCAUGUAGAACCUGACGGAGCGGCGCCGAGGUUGCCCGGUCAGUAUGAACAAUGGCCCAGCUAUACUACAAAAAGGUAAACUAUUCACCGUACAGAGAUCGGAUCCCAUUACAGAUCGUGCGAGCGGAGGCAGAGCUCUCAGUGGAAGAGAAGGCCUACCUCAGCGCUGUGGAGAAGGGGGACUAUGCCAGUGUGAAACAUGCCUUGCAAGAGGCAGAGAUCUACUACAACAUCAACAUUAACUGUAUGGAUCCUCUUGGUCGCAGUGCCCUUUUAAUAGCCAUAGAGAAUGAAAAUCUGGAGAUCAUGGAGCUGCUUUUGAGCCACAGUGUGUACGUGGGAGAUGCUCUGCUGUAUGCAAUACGGAAAGAAGUGGUGGGAGCUGUGGAGCUGCUGCUGAAUUACAGGAAGCCAAGUGGUGAAAAACAGGUUCCAACGUUGAUGAUGGACACCCAGUUUUCAGAAUUCACUCCAGAUAUCACUCCAAUAAUGCUGGCGGCUCACACCAACAACUAUGAAAUCAUCAAACUGCUUGUCCAAAGACGGGUAACAAUUCCACGCCCACACCAGAUCAGAUGCAACUGUGUGGAAUGUGUCUCCAGUUCAGAGGUGGACAGCCUGAGGCAUUCCAGGUCAAGGCUGAACAUCUACAAAGCCUUAGCCAGCCCUUCGUUGAUUGCCUUAUCAAGCGAGGACCCUAUCUUGACGGCCUUCCGACUGGGCUGGGAACUGAAGGAGCUCAGCAAAGUGGAAAAUGAGUUCAAGGCUGAAUAUGAAGAGCUUUCACAGCAGUGCAAGCGUUUUGCUAAGGACCUUUUGGAUCAAGCACGGAGUUCCCGAGAAUUGGAGAUCAUUCUCAAUCACAGAGAUGAUCAAAGCGAAGAGCUGGAUCCCCAAAAAUGUCAUGAUUUGGCAAAGCUAAAGGUAGCAAUAAAGUACCACCAGAAAGAGUUUGUUGCUCAGCCAAACUGCCAGCAACUACUAGCAACACUUUGGUAUGACGGUUUUCCAGGAUGGAGGCGGAAACACUGGGCAGUAAAACUCUUGACCUGUGUCACCAUUGGACUGCUAUUUCCUGUGCUAUCUGUGGCAUAUCUGAUUGCACCGAAGAGCAGGCUGGGACUGUUCAUUAAAAAGCCAUUUAUAAAGUUUAUCUGCCACACCGGCUCUUACCUAACCUUCCUCUUCAUGCUCCUGCUGGCGUCGCAGCACAUCGUCAGGACUGACCUUCACAUGCAGGGACCACCUCCCACCAUCGUGGAGUGGAUGAUCCUGCCCUGGGUUCUAGGUUUUAUCUGGGGAGAAAUCAAGGAAAUGUGGGAUGGUGGAUUCAAUGAGUAUGUGCAUGACUGGUGGAAUCUGAUGGAUUUUGCAAUGAACUCCCUCUAUCUUGCAACUAUCUCCCUUAAAAUUGUUGCCUAUGUCAAGUAUAACGGUUCUCGUCCAAGGGAGGAAUGGGAAAUGUGGCACCCGACUCUCAUUGCAGAAGCCCUCUUUGCAAUAUCCAACAUUUUAAGUUCCUUGCGUCUCAUAUCCCUGUUUACAGCAAAUUCACACCUGGGACCCUUGCAGAUUUCUCUGGGACGCAUGCUGCUAGACAUCCUUAAAUUCCUUUUUAUCUAUUGUCUGGUGCUUCUGGCUUUUGCCAAUGGACUGAACCAGCUUUAUUUUUAUUAUGAGACCAGUGCCUCGGAGGAGCCCAACAACUGCAAGGGGAUCCGAUGUGAGAAACAGAACAAUGCCUUCUCCACACUUUUCGAAACCCUCCAGUCACUCUUCUGGUCUGUGUUCGGUCUGCUCAAUCUCUACGUCACCAACGUGAAAGCCAGACAUGAGUUCACAGAAUUUGUCGGGGCCACUAUGUUUGGGACCUACAAUGUCAUCUCCCUUGUCGUGCUGCUGAACAUGCUUAUAGCCAUGAUGAACAACUCCUACCAGCUCAUUGCCGACCAUGCGGAUAUUGAGUGGAAGUUUGCACGGACGAAGCUCUGGAUGAGUUACUUUGAUGAAGGUGCCACUCUGCCCCCUCCUUUUAACAUUGUGCCAAGUCCCAAGUCAGUCUGGUACCUUUGCAAGUGGAUUCACAACCAGCUGUGCCCAGGCGACGACUCUGACAAUGAACAGAAGAGGCAUGAAAACCUCAAAACAUUCACAGAACGGCACGCUGACAACCUGAUUCAGAAUCAACAUUACCAGGAAGUGAUAAGAAAUCUUGUGAAAAGAUACGUUGCAGCAAUGAUAAGAACUUCCAAAACCAAUGAAGGUUUAACUGAAGAAAAUUUCAAGGAAUUAAAACAGGACAUCUCAAGUUUUCGCUAUGAAGUUCUUGACCUCUUAGGAAACAGGAAGCCCCAGAGGAGAAGUUAUUCUACCAGCAGCACAGAGGUGUCCCAAAAGGAUGAAACAAAUGAGGAUGGUGCUGGAGAAAAAUCCAAAGCCAAGAGCGUGUCUUUCAAUGUAGCCAACAAAAAAAAGGACUUCAAUGUAUCUGCUUUAAUUAAAACUAUGUCUGGAAUCAAUAUGGUGGAAGAGAAGCCAAAAAGCAAUGGGAUCAGUAAGCGCUCCUUUGUCCGAAAUGGAAAUAGAGUUCAGAGACUUUCAAGCUCCAAGAAGGAGUCCUUUAAGAGACUGGGCCUGCUCUUCUCCAAGAUGAAUGGACACGUACCUGAACCAAAUUCAGAACCCAUGUACACUAUUUCAGACGGAAUUAUUCAGCCACACUAUAUGUGGAAAGACAUUAAAUAUUCUCAGAUUGAUAAAGAGAAAGAAGAGAAUUGUUCCAAAAGUGAAAUUAACCUCAAUGAGGUGGACUACAGUGGGAACACAAGACUUACAGGACAGAGCAAGGAGUGCCCUGUGGUUUGUACCAGCUCCCUUCACUGUGCUUCCAGUAUUUGUUCCUCUAAUUCCAAACUUAUAGACUCGUCAGAGGAUGUGUUUGAUUCGUGGGGAGAGGCUUGUGACUUGUUUAUAAACCAGUGGAAAGACGGGCAGGAGGAUCAUGUUACAACUCGGCUCUAAGUAAAGCUGGAAAACUUAGCCAAUUAUUUGUAAUUGUUUGCUCUCAUCUGAUUCAGCAUUACUAUUUCCUUUCUGUGCACAGGUGAAAAAAAAAGUGCAAAACUACUUAUGUUAGCCUAUUUUAUAGCCAUCUGCACCUUUUUAAAUUUACUUUCUUUACACUCACAAAUACUAAACAAAAGGUUUCACCAUUUAUAAGGUCAACUGUAAACCACAGGAAUCCCUUCGGAUGCAGUCUUAGUCUUCAAACCCCACAGGCUUCAGACAGGCUGGUGGCCAAGUAAAGGAUUUCUCCAGUGCUCGCAUCGUCAUCCCGCUGCCGCUGGGUUAUCACCGCUGCUAUCCAACACGAUCAGCUCUGCGUCCUGCUCAAUUUUCCUCAUCAACACAACCCAGCUGGUGAGCAGUGGCUUAGCAGGAGGCUGAGAAUCAUAUUUAAAAAUCUUUUUAGAAAGGGUUUCAACUUAUAAGUGGCGUUUUGUUUUCUUUUAAGCAAUACAACCUCCUUUCGGUUGUGUGUGUUUUUUCAGGUUGGUUAUUAUAUUGCUGUUUUAAAUUGGUAUCGAACAAGAAACCCCUUCGCUUAUCCAGCUAAAACAUGUUAUGAUUUGCUUAUUUACCUAAUUUCAGUAUGAAAUUCUGCUGGUAAGAAUGACCUUCCAGUGAGGCUGACAGUGGAAGCCAGCGCCUGGCCUUGAUAUCAACUUCUGCAUAAAUGAACUGACCCAAACCCAGCUGUGGCUGCUUGAAACACAAACCUCAGGGUGGUUCUCAUAUUUCUAAUGAGCUGAACCAAAACCCAGCCCUGAGCCUUGCCCUUACAGCCUACCCCUCAAACUCUAGCUGCUUUUUGAAAUUCCUAAUCUUACUUCCACUGCUGCAUUUGCUUUUUGCUGCCUCUGAUGGAGGUCAGGCUUUGGGAAGAAAACCGUCCUCCGGGUAUAUGGCAAGUGCCAAGAGAGAGUGUUGUCCUGGGGCUGUGAGCUGCAUUUCUGAAAAGCAGCAUAAGGAAUAAGCAGCUCACACUGAGCUGGCAGCCUGUGAAGUCUCUGCAGUUCUUUUCUAAGGUGCAACAAAAAGAAGUGCAGCAGUAGAUGUUAUAUUUGCCCAGUUGCAGCAGUGUCUGGACAGGACCUAGCACUGUCACUGCUUUUGUCCUAAGGAGCAUCAGAGAGGGGAGAAGACAACCCCAUCAAGGGCAAAAUAGCUGAAUUUUUAACAGUGAUUUCUUUUUUUUUUUUUUUUUUUUUUUUUUUCCCCAACAAUGUGAUACUUGAACUUUCUUCUGCAGUGUUGCUAAGAAACACAGAUGAUUGGCACGCACUUACCACCACUUCAGAGCUGUUAUUAGUCAGCUGCUUUCUUAGAGGAAGCAAGUCCUGACAGCGAGCUCAGGACCAGCCUUCCCAGCUGACAGAGCUUCGUUACUGCGCUCGCGCGGUCACGCGUAAGGCUCCGUUCUCCGGAGAGGUUACACGAGCUGGAGCGUUUCCCCAGGGCGGUUGCCAAAAAUCACCUCUUCAGUGAACUGGGUUGCGAAUUGCAGUUGUAAAAGCAGAAUGCUGGAAAACCUACGCCUACCCUUGGCACUGGUCAGAUUUUACCAGCACAGUGGGGGAAGGAGGAGAGGGAUUUCUCAGCACAGCAGUUCCCCCCCCCCCCCCCGCCCCAAAGCGAUGCUGGGGUGCAUGCAGCUGGACGAUCUGUCUGAGUUUUAAAUCUGGCUCCCUCCUCUUGGUUAAAGAAAACCACCUUGUUGGGUUUUCCCUUUAGGCACCUAUACAGCCUUACUUAAAGGUCAUGAUGGAGCACACGUUAUCAGAGAGGUAAAUGUGAACGAUGCAGCAGCUCCUGGAGCGGAGCUGCAGAUGCCAACACACCAACCAGACUCGGUAAGUUUUCAGUACAGACCUCAAGGUGGAGGCCAUGGCUCUAGGCCAGCUCUGGUGUCAAGAAAAAUCAGCAACAAGGAACAGAGACUUAAAAAUGUUUCUGUACUCCUUGCUUAUAAACGACACCAGUCUUGUCACCAGCAUGCAGUGUAAAGCCCAAAAUAUUUAAGCCUCUAGAUGCGUUAGUUAAGGCAGAGUGAAAAGCAUUUUUGUAUCAACAGAUUUCAGGCUUUCAUACUAAUUGCAGAGUUGUCUUUGAAAACUGCAUCUCCUCUUCCUUUAUGAAAGGCUGAGCAAACUGACAUUGGCGCUACACAAGGAGACUUGCAAAUUCUGAGGGCCAGAAGCAGCUUGCUGAUCAUUCCUGAGGAACUCCAGCACCCCUGCCUUGCAAAGGCAAACCCAGUGACACGCGAGAGCUGCAAUCAGAACCAACCGAAAGCAAUUCUCAAAGCAGCUCACAGUAAAAGCCCUGCAGUUCAGUAAACCAGACCGAGCGCGUUUCUGGAAAGAUGAACAUGAGCAAGAGUUGCUACAGGGGGGAGAAAAAAAGGGUUUGAAUCAUUUUGUGCCUCACCUCACUGCACUGCAGUUUAUGAAUUCCACUUGACAUGGGGCCAGCAAAUCUUUACGGUAUUUCCUGUGUAACAAGUAAGAAUGAAAACAAUUCAAGUAGGGUUACGCAGAUUACAUCAACUGAGUCUGAAGCUGGGACAAAAGCAGGAUUCUUAUGCUCAGACAGUAGAAAGGCUUUUAAGAUUUCCAUGGGAGCAAGCACACUGCUACUGGUGAUGAUUAUCUUGUGUCAUUCAAAGGCAGCACUGCAUUGACAGGUACAAAUAACACGAUGAAACGCAAUUAACUCUGCAGUGGUGCCCCCCUCAAAAUGUAAAAAUGACACCAGGCAGUGCAAAUCCUUCUGUGCAAAGUGCGUGAAUCAUGAUCCCCUGCUGCGUCCUGGAAGGGCCGGGGUAGGAACUGCCACGGGGAAUAACACAGUCUGCAAAAAGCUCUCGCCAACGUUAUGUUAAAGGCGAGAGGAACGUCACAUGGCGGCUUGGCUGGGGCUCCCCUGGGAUUUGUUUCACAACUCAGAUACUUCCUAGCUCCCAGCUAUGAGCUAGGCUGAGCUGACUUCAGAGUUAAACGCAAAUAUUUGAUUUGGAUGUGAUUAAUAUAUGCGUUCAGGAGUUUGCAAAACUGACUGUCAGAUUGGUCCCCCAAAAGGCAAAAUUCUGUUUGAUUCCAUCUAUGCAUCCCCUUUGGUAGCAAUAGUCUUUAUAGCAGCUGGUGAAUUAUCAUUAUUAUUCUAAAACAGGAGCUUCAGGGGAGGGAAAUUAAAGUAUCUUGUGAACAAUACAUUUGAUAAGCAAAACCUGCUUUUUAAAAAAAUCUCUUGCACUCACUAUUUGGGAUUUCACUAGCAUUUUUCCAUUUUCAGUUGCUCAAAAAGAAAACACGUCUUCGUGAAAGUUAUUCUUUCCUUCAGGGAAAUCAGUGAAGUACCCCGUGCUGUCUGCACGCGCCCAGGGUAGGAGCUGAUGGGACACCUGGAGCUCCUCCUGUGAGGAGUUAAACUUUUCCUCAGCUUGGGUUCAAGAUGCACAGCUGUGCCCCAACUGGUACAUGCUUGGCUUUUAGCCCACGGGCUUCAAUAAUCCUUACACACAUGCAAGGAAUUUGGAAUUAGGAAUAACAGAGACCUUGACCGCUUGCUUUAGGCUUCAUGCUCUUGAAGUGGCUUUGUCACCUCCCACCCGCCCGUGUCAUUUUCAUCUGGCUUUUUAAGGCAGCACACCUACAGAUGAUUACCAGUUAAAAAGUGAACAAAUAACAUCCAGGGUUAAGAAUAUCACACAGAGCUAGGCAGUGUUUGUACUCAGGUCAGAGAUUAAAGAAGUUGUUUCAGAAACAAGAAAUUAACUGACAUAUCUCUGCAGAUUAUUUGGAUAAUUUCAAUUGUAUAUUAUUCACUUACCAGUAUAUAUGUAAAUACUCAAGUAUUUGUAUAGGUGGUCCCUACAGAGGAAGCAUGCACAGCGGGCAGAGCACAGGCUUCGGGAACAGGACUGCGCAGGUCUGGUCCCAGCUCUGCCACUGACUCACCCGUGACCUUGGGCAAGUCACUCAGCCUCUCUAAUGCCUCAGUUUCCCCAUCUGUAAAAUAGGGAUAAUAAUACUUACCUACCUCGCAGGGGGGGUUAGUUCAUUAUUUAUAAGCACUUUCAAAUCUUCAAGUUAAAGGCGCUAUAUACAGUAAGUAGUUAAUAUUCGUAGCAGUAGUAUGUACUUUUAUUUUCUUACAACUAAUUCAGGUUAGGAUUUAACCGUAUGUCCGUUAUGAUAGUUUUCCAGGUAGAAAACUGGCAUGGUUUCCCACAAAGGGAAUUUAGGGCACUUCUGCAGUACACGGAGCAGGAGCAGCACACCCUGGAAGCCUAAACUACAACACCCUUGCUUUUGUGAUUUAUGUUUCACCCUUAAUGUCACCUCACUGUAUUUGUGUUUCAUCCUUUUUCUGAUGGUACAUGUAACAUAAUUUUUAGCAGAAACAGACACUGUAAAUAUUAAAGAGUAUUUAAAUAAAUACAUUCAUGUGUAUAUAUAUAUAUAUAUAUAUAUAUAUAUAUAUAUAUAACACCUUAUCUUUUAAAGAGGUUAAAAUUGGUUGAUGCAAGAGACUUGUAAGCACGGGGAGGUUUCACAGGCAGCCCAGCACGGAUGCGUGCGCGCGGCAGGACACUGGAGUGGGGCUAUAAGAAAACGUCACCAGAUGUCAUCGCCUCCUUCGUGUUCCCUUCUCACCCCAUCGCUGGCAAGGGCAAAGUCACGCAGGUGACAGGGGGAGGCCGUGGCUGGAGGAACCUCUCCCGGAGAGCGGGACACUUCUGUGUCCCUAACAAGGGGGCUCUUCGCCCCGAUUUUGCUGGAGGUACAAUUGGGUUUGCUUUACUGCCGACUCAGGAUAAAAGUCUUCGGGUUGAGUGACGGGAGCUCCAAGUUUUGACUUGCACGGUCAGGGCUCUACGAGCAUUCGGAGCUCCCCUCCGGGACCACGAGCAGUUGCAGGCUAUCUGCACCGAGCAUUUUGACAGUGUAAGCAAGGAUCUGAUUUACUUCUGGGCUUUCUAGCAGUUGGAAAACUACAUGAGCACCUGCUGCUCUCACACCAUUAAGUGUAUGUCCCACUUCCCUUGAGACUUCUCAGAUUUGCUUUGAUAUUUCUACUUCCCUUUUUGAAAGGCCAAAAGCCCAAAGAAAAGCGUAUUUCAACUAACCAUUAAGAGGUACGAUUUUGGUUUAAUUUCUGGCUGAGUUAACUCGUCCUUUUCCAUGGCCAGGCCUGUGAGAAAGCUCCGCACAGCCUCAAAGCAACAGGAUCACCCUCCCACCUCCCUUGCAAUUCCCCAGUCAAACAGAAUGGCAAAAAGGAAGCAAAAUCAAUCAAACCACUAGGGCUGCCUAGAAUUAAAUGAAGUUGGUACUUAAUGAAGAACUCUCUGGAGCUGUUUUGGGGGUAGAUGUGCUGCAGGGACCUCUUCCCCCCCUGAGGAACCUCCCGGGCCACCAGCACCGCGGCACCGGCCAAGGCAGGGCUGGCUGCAGCCCCUGGCUCUGCUGGGAGCACCAGCAUGGUACACUGGUGAAUUUUGAUUCACUACAGUGAGUAAAAAAAUCAGCUCACUGGAGGAGCAUCUAAAAUAUACCAUCGCCAAAACAAGCUGGAGUUUUCAGAGAUGUGUAACUUGAAACUGAACAACUCCGAAGUCAGUCCCUGACUGGAUUUUGGGUUUGGAGGAGACAGGGAACACUCUGGGGUAGCUACAUCAGUGUAUUUUCUCAACAUCUGUUAUUUGAUUUUAUUUAAUUUUCACACUCCUACCUUCCCCAUUUCAGGCCAUUACAUUUUUACAAACAAGGCGCUGUUUAUUAUUAUUAUUAAUUUACAUAAUUGCUUCCACCCAGAACAACUACUGCUCUGGAGUAAAUUCACAACCAAGAAUGAUUGUUUUAAAAAGAGAACACAGAAGUGUUUGAUCCUUAUCUUCUGAACCUCUGAUAGUAUUUUAUGCUUCAGGGAAACACUUUCACCUGCUCUGGUUUUUUAAGGUGUGCAAAACCAAAUAAAAACCCCAACUAUAACAAGUAUAGAAGCUCCCUGACGUAGCUUAAACCACUCACAAUUUUAAAAUCCAAAUUGAUCUUGCAAUUCUUUCUUUACAUGCAGACCCUGCUCAAUCAAUGGCUCACCAACUACGGAAACUCAUGCAGCCCAUCCCGCCUGGCCAGCACCUCCUCCUUCAGCAUGCCUUAUUUUGUUUAUUUGGGGGAUGAUUUUUUUUUUCCUCUCCUAUUUAAAGCAAUUCCAUAUCAGCAGUAACUCCUGAGCCAGAAGAAAGGAUGUGCUUAGGACAAAACGCGAUCAAUCAAGGAGCUGGCCUUUUAGCACAUUAGCUAACAGAACACUGUGAUACCUUUAGCCAACAGAGUGAAAUGCCUUUUGAUUAUAAAUAGUUGUUUUUGAGCAAGGGGGCACUUUUUGGUCUAGCUAUUUUUUGGGUAUUGUACAGUCUUAUUUAAAAACUACUGAAUGUGUUUAUAAGGCACGUCUGGGAACUCGAGGACUAGGGAUCUUUGAGAAGCAAAGGACAGUAGCAGAUACUUAGAAUACUCUAUUUUCUAUAUGGCAAGCCCUAGAGACCCGGGCUUACUCUGCAAACAGUUUUUUUAGCAAUCGAGUUUUAAUAUCAAAUUAAAUCUUCAUUAAAAAAAAGCUAUCACAGAAACAGCUUCACACCUGAGCAUAUUUUAAAAUGCCAUUUUACUUCAUGGGAUAAAAAAGGUGAGGCUUUUUUUUCCUCCGUUAUUUUAGUUUUGGUCAAAAACUUCUUGAUGGCCUUUUCCAGGCAAGUGAGCUUUUAGAUGUGUAAGAAUUUUGCGUAUGUAAAGACAGAGUGGGGACCUCAGCAUUUGCCAGUUGAGUAGUAACAGCCACCCCUUGAGAAAGGGGGGAGGAAAGGGAAGAGCAAAGAGCAAAAACAAAUGCUUAGUUUUAUGUACUUUUCUACUUGCAUCUCUUCAAUCCAUAGUGCAGACUCCAUGUCAUACCCUCGUAUAACAACAUGUAAAAAUGAAAUGAUGUACAUAAUAAAUAAAAUUAUUUAUUUUAUGUGUAUUUUUAGCUUAACUGUAAACUGAAAAAAUUUAAUUUUUUUCCCAAAAAUGUAAGCCUAUUGAAAUUCAAGGUGUUUCUACCUUUUCAGAUGUAACAUUUCCAGCUGCCUAUUGAUAAUAAACAUUUAUGAACAGCAACA